AUGUCUCGUCCUCGUCGAUUCUCCUUCACAAAACCCAAACAUGAAAUAGAUGUACGCUUCUUCUUUCUUGCAAGGGCUACGAUGCAUGAUGAUCCAAUCCGUGAAUGGGUUCUAUCAGAAGGAAAGGCAACACAGAUUACAAGGAUUUGUUCCAUUGGUGGUGGAUGCAUCAAUCUUGCCCAUCGUUAUGACACUGAUGCUGGGUCCUUUUUUGUUAAAACAAAUAGGAGUAUUGGACCAUCAAUGUUUGAGGGAGAGGCUUUGGGUUUAGAUGCAAUGUACGAAACUGGAUCGAUUCGUGUGUCAAAACCAUUGAGCAGAGAAAUUCAUAUCACCUUGUAG